UUUUUCUAUUUAAUGAUUUAGUUUAUGGUAACAUUGUUAUAGACAAAAGAAAAUAUAAUAAAAAACAUAUAGUACCAUUGGAAGAUGUUAAAGCUACAAUCAUUUGGAAAAUGAUGGACUUGGAAGAAGAAUGCUGGCAAAUAAUUAGUCCAAAGAAAUCAUUUGCUGUAUAUGCAGCCACGCAUGAGAAGUCAGAAUGGAUGGCUCAUAUUAAAAAAUGCAUUGCUGAUUUCUUGUUUCAGGUGAAUAAGAGACCAGCUACCGAACAUGCUGCUGUAUGGGUACCUGAUAGUGAAGCACAUACCU